AUGAGUUUAUCAUCAUCUGGAACUACAAGUCUCUAUAAAGCUGAAAACCUGUCUGCUAAACGUGAAGACAACACAACGUCAAUACCAAUCCUUUACAAGAAGAAUUUCACAAAAUUACCUAGGUGGGACUUUGAAGAUGUUGAUUUACAAGACCCUGAAGCAAGAAAACCAACCUGUUCAAAGUCACUACGAAACACAGAGGACCUCAAGUUCAAGGAAGCUUUUCUUCCUGACAUUCAACUAUGGCUGUACAGAGGUCAACUCAAUACAACAGAAUGGAAUAGAUUAGCACACUUCAACAAUCCCUUUGGCUUUAUGGAGUACAGAUAUGAUGAUAUAAAACCAGCAGCUGAUUUAAUACCAAAGCCAAAGUCUUCAAUAUUACUGCCUGUGCCUGAAAGAGCAAAGGAUGGUUGUAUCCGCUGUGCAGUAUUGGGCUCGGGUGGCAUUCUCAAUAACUCGGGCAAAGUGAUCGACUCUCAUGAUUAUGUGUUUCGGGUGUCAAAAAUGAUGCCUGAGGGACUUCCAGUGGCUCCAGGGCCUUCUACAGGGAAAAGAGGCCUCAGGUUUCAACUAAAAAACGACGGGCCCCACAACCACCAAAGCCUCUGGGUCAACCUAGCCAACCCGUUCCCUCUGAAAGAGCUCUCCGGCCUCUGCCGCAACGCCAGGGAUCACACAAACCCCCAUCUGCUGGAGGUGGACUAA